AGCUUCCAACCACUGGAUCUCAUUCUGCCUUUGUCUGCUAGAUUAAAGAGCCCGUGGCUGACUAAGAUCUCUCCCCAUGACAGCCAUGGAAAGUCAAGAACGACUUGAGGAAACUGAUACGGAAGACCCAUCAUUUGAAUAUACGGAGUCACAGGUUGAGGAGAAGCCUCCUCCCCGCACUGGUGAAGCAGUGGCUUCUAAACCACAACCAGAACCACAGGCCCCAGACCCACCACAAAGAUCUCCUGCUUCUUUGUGUGAUGGCCAAAAGGGACAAGAAGGAGAAACAGAGGUUCAGGAGAAGCCUCCUCCCCGCACUGGUGAAGCAAUGGCUUCUAAACCACAACCAGAACCACAGGUUCAGCAGAAGCCUCCUCCCCGCACUGGUGAAGCAGUGGCUUCUAAACCACAACCAGAACCACAGGUUCAGGAGAAGCCUCCUCCCUGCACUGGUGAAGCAGUGGCUUCUAAACCACAACCAGAACCACAGGUUCAGCAGAAGCCUCCUCCCCGCACUGGUGAAACAGUGGCUUCUAAACCACAACCAGAACCACAGGCCCCAGAUCUGCUCCAACGAUCUCCUGCUUCUUUGCAUGAUUGCCAGAAGGAACCAGAAAGAGAAAGAGAGCAGGGGCCGGGGGCUCAGCCGGAGUCGGGGCGCCCGGUACAGCUGGUGCAUCUGGACGAGGAAGGGGGCCUGACCCUGGACGAGGAGGCCCUGAGAGGCUGCCUGGAGCAGGGUGGGGUGGGGGAUGCCCCUGUCUGCCUGGUCUCCAUUAUCGGGGAGCAGCGCUGGGGCAAAUCCUUCCUGCUGAACUACCUGCUGCGCCGGCUCCAGAGCCCGGACGUGAGGGAUGGGUCAUGGAUGGGCCAGGAGGACAAGCUCCUGGAGGGGUUUGAGUGGCGCGCGGAUGAGCAGCAAGUCACCAAGGGGGUGUGGGCAUGGAGUCUGCCCUUCUGGGUCCCAGCCAAGGGGGAAAAGGUGGCCGUGCUGCUGGUCGACACCGAGGGCUCCAUGGACAUUGAAAGGAACAAGGAGACCAGCAUCAAACUCGCUGCCUUAUCCAUGCUGCUCAGCUCCUACCAGAUACUGAACAUUGGCCGUCGGGUGAAGGACCCGGAUCUCGAAUACCUGGAGAUGUUUGUGCAGGUGGCCGAAGUGGUGGGAGAGGCCUACGGACUGGAGCCCAUUCAGCAUCUAGACCUGCUGGUGAGGGAUUGGAGCAGCUCCCAGAUCCUUGGAGUCCAGGGUGGUGAGAAGUAUCUGAGACAAAUCAGACAGAAGCUGGAGGCGACAUCCUCCUGCAAACACCCCAAGACCCUGGAAGUGCUGAGCAGAAGCAGGAGCCGCUGCUACCUGAUGCCCUUACCUGGGAAGCGGAUCAUGAUGGGGAGCAAGGGAACCUUGAGAGACAUGGAUGAGGAUUUCCGGGAGAGCCUGAGUGACUAUGUCACCACCCUGGUGAGCUCGGCCAGUCAACACAUCCAGACGGACCGGCAUGGGGAGCUGCUCACCGGGACACAGCUCGCUGCCAAGAUAAAGAAUUUAUCUGAUGUGAUGAAGAAACAUUGCUUCGGCUUCUCCUCUCCCUGUCAGAUGGCCAUCACCUUCCACAACCAGAGAGUCAUGGACAGAGCCCGCGCAGGCCACGCUGUGUUUCUGAGGGAGAAGGACGGCCUGUCCCAGCGCAUGGCCGACUGUCUGAAGGUGACACCGAGUGCAAUGGCGCAGCAGUUCGGGGAGCAGCACAAGUCACUGCUGGAGCGAUGCCGGGAGGAGAUGAAGGAGCCGGAGGAGACCCUGCUGACGGCGCUGGAGACAGAGCUGACUCGGGAGGCAAACACCUUCCUGGAGACCUACAGAAGGCGCUAUCAGAGUCACGCCACCAACAAGAGUGUCAUGGACAGAGCCCGCAUAGACCAAGCUGACUUUUUGAGGGAGAAGGACGGCCUGUCCCAGCGCACGGCCGACUGUCUGAAGGUGACACCGAGCGCAAUGAUGAAGCAGUUGGCAGAGCAGCGCAGGUCGCUGCUGGGGCGGUGCCGGGAGGAGAUGAAGGAGCCGAAGGAGACCCUGCUGACGGCGCUAGAGGUGGAGCUGACUCGGGAGGCUGAGGCCUUCCUGGAGACCUACGGAGAGCGGUAUCAGAGGCACAACAUCAACCAGAGAGCCAUGGACAGCGCCCGCCGAGGCCACGCUGACUUUCUGAGGGAGCAUGACGGUCUGUCCCAGCGCAUGGCUGACUGUCUGAAGGUGACACCGAGUGCAAUGGCGCAGCAGUUCGGGGAGCAGCACAAGUCACUGCUGGAGCGAUGCCGGGAGGAGAUGAAGGAGCCGGAGGAGACCCUGCUGACGGCGCUGGAGACAGAGCUGACUCGGGAGGCAAACACCUUCCUGGAGACCUACAGAAGGCGCUAUCAGAGUCACGCCACCAACGACAGUGUCAUGGACAGAGCCCGCAUAGACCAAGCUGACUUUUUGAGGGAGAAGGACGGCCUGUCCCAGCGCACGGCCGACUGUCUGAAGGUGACACCGAGCGCAAUGAUGAAGCAGUUGGCAGAGCAGCGCAGGUCGCUGCUGGGGCGGUGCCGGGAGGAGAUGAAGGAGCCGAAGGAGACCCUGCUGACGGCGCUAGAGGUGGAGCUGACUCGGGAGGCUGAGGCCUUCCUGGAGACCUACGGAGAGCGGUAUCAGAGGCACAACAUCAACCAGAGAGCCAUGGACAGCGCCCGCCGAGGCCACGCUGACUUUCUGAGGGAGCAUGACGGUCUGUCCCAGCGCAUGGCUGACUGUCUGAAGGUGACACCGAGUGCAAUGGCGCAGCAGUUCGGGGAGCAGCACAAGUCACUGCUGGAGCGAUGCCGGGAGGAGAUGAAGGAGCCGGAGGAGACCCUGCUGACGGCGCUGGAGACAGAGCUGACUCGGGAGGCAAACACCUUCCUGGAGACCUACAGAAGGCGCUAUCAGAGUCACGCCACCAACGACAGUGUCAUGGACAGAGCCCGCAUAGACCAAGCUGACUUUUUGAGGGAGAAGGACGGCCUGUCCCAGCGCACGGCCGACUGUCUGAAGGUGACACCGAGCGCAAUGAUGAAGCAGUUGGCAGAGCAGCGCAGGUCGCUGCUGGGGCGGUGCCGGGAGGAGAUGAAGGAGCCGAAGGAGACCCUGCUGACGGCGCUAGAGGUGGAGCUGACUCGGGAGGCUGAGGCCUUCCUGGAGACCUACGGAGAGCGGUAUCAGAGGCACAACAUCAACCAGAGAGCCAUGGACAGCGCCCGCCGAGGCCACGCUGACUUUCUGAGGGAGCAUGGCGGCAAGUCUAAGGGCUUUCCGAAGACAUCAAGCGCAAUGGCGGAGGAGUUGGCGGAGCUGCGCAGGUCGCUGCUGGAGCGGUGCCGGGAGGAGAUGAAGGAGCCGGAUGAGACCCUGCUGACGGCACUAGAGGAGGAGCUGAUUCAGGAGGCUGAGACCUUCCUGGAGAGCUACAUAUGGCACUAUUGGAGUCACAUCAUUAAUAAUUUCAUGGAGUUGUUGGAGAGGUUUCAUUCCGUAUUUUCGAAUUUGUGUUAUUUUUUCUUUUCUUUCUUCUGAGGCUGCAAAGCUAAGCAAUGACAGUUGGGGUGGGGAUGGGAGUAGGGUGGGCAGUACUGUGACAGAUUUCUGUUACCGAUCUGCCUGAGACAUCAGUUGAUCAGGCCAAUGCCACAGGAUCAUUUUUGGGGAGGAGAUGAUGCAACACACCAAGUGUCUAAUUUUAAAGCUUUAUGAAUAAAAUAAUAAAACAGCGGAGAGUGUUUUGGGAAUUUCCCACAUUACUGAAGGAAGGAAAAAGCAAAGUGUUAGUACCCCCAGCCCUAACCCACAGUCAUACUUACUCCUGUACUGCCCGAAACUGGCCAGGCCUGGGUGUAACAUCAUAAGAAAAGGAUGGGGAAGGGUGGAUGGGAAUGGUGUCCUGGUCCCAGGCCAUCCAAGGAUCCACUACUGAUCUUUGAGUUGCUCCAGCUUUCAGGAGAGUUUUAAGUCCUGGGUUUCUUGGGGGGCAUUCCACUCAGGGACCUCUGCUUCUGGUGUUGUUUGUGCCAGUCCAAACCGGCUCUCUGUGGUCUCUUCACUUUUCCAAAACAUCCCGGCUCCAGGGGCAUGAGACUCAGCUCCCCCUCUUGUCAUCUUGCCAGUGUUUUCAACCUCUGCAUCCUUAAACUUUGUUUUCCUUCAUGCCGGCCUCGCUGUCUUGCAAGUCUGUUCAGCUGCAUCUGUCUUUCUCACAGCUAGUCAGUGAAUUCAAGGCCCCCCGUCUUUCUUGACAGGCAGCCAAGCGUCAGCUGUGAGCUUUGGUUGAGUAAGCUGGAGUAUAAAUUAACCAGUUCUCUGCUUUUUUCCCUCCUUCCCCCUCUGGCCUUUCGCCACCUACAAAAAAAUCUUCCAUUCCACACUCACACCUUUAACGCUUCCCAAAAUGCCCUGCAAUGCUUGCAACCGCAUUAGCAAUAUACAGUGCAUAUACAAUGCUAAUCUGCCUCCCCCUGGGGGUCCCCUGAGGGAGGGGGCCAUUGGGGUGUAACACUACAACCAGGAGGUAUAUUGGUGUGGCGGUGGGUGGCAACAUUGGGCAGAAGGAACCCACAAGAGCUGCAGACACCCUGUCAUAAAUAUAAAGGGAAGGGUAAAGACCUUUAAAAUCCCUCCUGGCCAGAGGAAAAACCCUUUCACCUGUAAAGGGUUAAGAAGCUAGGAUAACCUCGCUGGCACCUGACCACAAUGACCAAUGAGGAGACAAGAUACUUUCAAAGCUGGAGGGGGGGAGAAACAAAGGGUCUGGGUCUGUCUGUGUGAUGCUUUUGCCGGGGACAGAACAGGAAUGAAGUCUCAGAACUUAGUAAGUAAUCUAGCUAGAUAUGCAUUAGAUUCUGUUUGUUUAAAUGCCCGAGAAAAUAAGCUGUGCUGAAUAGAAUGAAUAUUCCUGUCUGUGUGUCUUUUUGUAACUUAAGGUUUUGCCUAGAGGGAUUCUCUACGUUUUGAAUCUAAUUACCCUGUAAGGUAUUUACCAUCCUGAUUUUACAGAGGUAAUUCUUUUAUUUU